AUUUUAAUUUCAAAAAAAUUUUAUUAUUUUUGGAUUUCAUUUACAUUAAGCAGGAUUGUAAUUACAUGUCUGGUAGCUCACAAUUCACAAAAUAUUACAAUAAAGAUUAAUGUUUGUCAAAAUAAUCAAGUUAUGUAAAUAUUAAUCAUCGAUACAUUAUUUUAUCAAGUAAUUCUUGCAUUUUUCUUGUUAAUGCAUUUUCGAAACAUUUCGCCUUAAUUGUAUCGUAACAUUGACUAAUAAAAUAAUGUCAAAAUGCUAGAUUUUAAUUAAGUAAACAUUUCUAUAGAUAUACUAUAUAGAUAGGUUAUGAUAUAUUCAGAUUAAUCAUAUCAUACAUUUUAAUCAAUGUUACAAUCAAUAUAAAAGCUGUACAUAUUUUUAAAAAGUCUUAUAAAAAAGAUAACUUUUAGACAUCUUUUCAAGAAGUCUUAAAAAUCUUUCAAAUACUUUUAAAUAAAAUCUUACAGACGUCUUCAAAAUUUUUAGACGCGCGUUAUCUGGGAGAAUUUAUGAAAUGGUGAAAUGAAAUGUUGAUCGUAUUUUUUUUUCCUUCAUAAAUCUCUUUAUGUUCGCACUGAAAAAAAUGGUAUUGUGACAAACAGAAAUAUCGUCACGCUAUAUCGUUGAUAAUACAAUGUAAUAUAUCAUUGGAGAUAUACACAUCCAGCAAAAUAAAUAAAGCGUUGCUAUUCUGUAAUACUUGAAGUUAAUUCGUUGAAUUUCUGUGCUAAUAACCAAACAUGUUGGAUUGCUGGUUAACAAUUUCAUGAUUAUCUUUGCUGAGUAUAGUCAAUAUAAUUCCGCCGGCAACUCUACAAAUUUAUAAACGUCUCUGCAAAGUAAAUUGUCCGCCAAAAUUCCCCAUAUAAUGAAUCGCUCGAAUUAAUACAAUGGAAGUGGUCGAAGAUAUUGGAGACUUACGAGAUUUCGUGACGAUCUACAGAAAAGAUUAUCUCGAAAAGAAAGGUGAAAGGGUAACCAAAUACAAGUUAUUACCAAAAUAUUUGCCACCCUUGAACAUCUUAAAUGUACCGUACAAACAUUAUUUGAACACACGAUUGGAAAAUCGAUCAUUAUCUGAGAACGAACGAAGCGAGGAUCCAGUGGACUAUUUAAAUAGAAUACAUAAUAAAUUUCCCCAUUUGAGAAAUGCUCUGCCGGAAAUCGUGCCAGAUGAGAAUUUGAUAGAACGCGAGAAGGAAAAAUCAAUGAAGACCGUGUAUCAACUAGCUUACUCGAAGAAAAUUAGAAAGGAACAUCGUAAAGAAAUAACGUUGCCAUCAAACUGGAUUAUACCCGAGACAAUUCAAGGACGUACGUAUCGAAAUCCAUGGGUAAUCGCAAGAAAAUUUAUAAAACCAAAAUUUUUUAAACCGCACAACAAUUUAGAGCCUAACCCUAAAGAAAGAGAAAUUCUUCGUGUGACAACCGGGAAUUCCGAAUAUACUGGCACAAUUGGAAUUGUUGGGGAAAAGAUUAUGUUACGAGGCCCAUCAGAUAUGAAAGACCAUAUUGCAUUACAAAAUUUGUCAAGAAGUCCUAGAACAUCUGAAUGUUCGCUAAUACUGAAGCAAAAUUUAGCUCUUCCUACGAAAAUAUUCUGAAUUAUUUUCAAAUUAUGAUUUUAUUA